CAGAGAGACACAGUCUGCCUCACCCUCCUCCCUCUGCGUUUCCACCAAUCUGUGCGUCGAGAAGUCCACCCCAACCCCUGAACCUGAAUCUACCCGCCCUGCUGGCAUAUAAAUACGACGUUAAUCACAACGGCACUUCUUGGUCGUCAGAAACGCUCAGGGUUGCAGCAGAACAUCCCCCUUCGUCUUAUCCCAUUCAUCGUUUCUCUGUUUUAUAACAAAAACCUCAUCCAUUUUCACUCUCCCCCCCACUUUUUUCCGAGCUGUAGUGGUUUUUGCGGCCAGUUGCAUGCAUUUUUCGUCUCCCAAAAUGGUUUGCGAGACUAAAAUUGUUGCGGACGAACAUGAUGCUAUACCUGGGACCAAAAAAGAGUCGAUGAUGUGGAGCUCUGCGCCGGCCAGCGCGGCUCUGAACCCCGCAGAGGCGAGGGAUGUGAGGAAAGAUGUGGUUUAUAUCCGCGAGUUCGAGUGCGGGGAUCAUGAGGAGGUGCGGCGCAUCUUUUACGAGGGUAUUAUGGAGAGGAUACCCAACACGGCGUUUAGGGGGCUCAGGCAGCAUCCCAAGACCCAGUUUUUAUAUGCUCUUCUGACAGGUUUCGUUUAUUUUUCUUCCAUUUCUCCAUAGUAAUGUGCUUUUUCGUGACCAAAUCCGUCACGCUGACCUGCUGUGCGCCC